AUGAGUCUCUACUAUCCGGCGGGUGGCGCCACCGCUGCCUUGGGUGUUGUUGGACUGUAUAUGCUAUUCAAUGGUGAAGGCGAGCAGUUCAAUGUGGGACGAUUUCUAGAAACAGUUUCUCCAUAUGCUUGGGCAGAUUUGGGAAUCGGCUUAUGUAUAGGUCUGUCGGUCGUCGGUGCAGCAUGGGGCAUCUUCAUCACAGGAACAUCCAUCCUGGGUGGCGGCGUCAAAGCGCCCCGAAUACGAACGAAGAAUUUAAUCUCAAUCAUCUUCUGCGAGGUCGUCGCCAUCUACGGCGUCAUCAUGUCGAUCGUCUUCUCCUCGAAACUCUCCAUGGUCCCUGAAGAACAACUAUACACGGGGUCCAACUACUACACGGGCUACGCGCUGUUCUGGGCUGGUCUCACGGUGGGAAUGUGCAAUCUCAUCUGCGGCGUCAGUGUGGGCAUCAACGGCAGCAGCGCCGCUCUCGCCGAUGCUGCAGACGCGAGCAUGUUCGUCAAGGUUCUCGUCAUUGAAAUCUUCUCCAGUGUCCUGGGUCUCUUCGGUCUUAUUAUUGGCCUGCUACUUAGCAGCAAGGCCAAUGAGUUUGAGUGA